AUGAUCCAUGGGUUUGGGGACGGGAGGGGCGGAGUUGAACGGAAAUCGAGGACGCGUUCGCCGCUGCCGCCGCCGCCGCCGCGGCAGCUGCGGCGGCAGUUGCGGCGGAAUUGUUGUUGCUGUUGGGCAGUGGGUACGGCAUGUUGGGCGGAUGCAGUUGGGCUUGUGAGUGUGGGCCCAUUAUCACGGCGUGGUGGGAUGGCAGCGGCGGCCCGGGGUGGUGGUGCUGGAAGUGGUGGUGGUGGUGGUGGUGGGGUGGCGGAGCCGAUGAGUCUUGAGAGUCCAUGGAGAGAGGAGAGAGACAAUCUGCGGAGGUCAAGAGUCGGGCGAUCUCAGGGGAGAAGAGGGCUGUGUGGGAGGGUGAUUAGGAUUGAUAGUGUUGAUACUGAGAAUAGAAUCACUAAUAUUUGGUGGAAAGGUGCUCUUCGCUUUAUGGAUAUCCCAGUGGCAGCCAUCAGUGGACAUAAGAUCCCUUACCCAAUUGAUUCCCUUGUCAAUGCCUUCAUUAAGUGGCACAGUCUUGCCAAUAUGAUUAGGAAUCCAGUGCUGGUCCCAUAUUCUUGUCUCCUUGCUGUGAUUGGGAAGAGCUUGAAUGCCCUUGAUGAGCUGAACCCUUUGCCCGAUGUACUAUUGUCUGGAUUUCUUGGACUGUCUAUCUGUUCUAAGGAAUUCUUCAAUAACUCUCCUUGA